CUCGUUGUUGACUUUGCGCUCAAAACAAAUCGGUUUUUCGUUCAAUGAUAACAGACGUUCGGAUUUCAGAACAUUUCAUUCUUGUCAUAUUUCUAAAACACUGAAGUAAUUCAUUAUCAGAGACAUUUUAAACUAAAAAAAAUACUAUGCGCGACGCAAAUGCAAACGAACGAACUGCACUCACCACUGGUACUGGUGGUGCAGAUUCAUUCGAAAUUUCCCCUAAAGAUCUACAAAAAUUAAUGGACUGUCGUAAAUUGGAGGCUGUUAAAUAUCUUAAUGAGAAAUACGGUGGAGUUGUAGGAUUAUGUCGACUACUUAAAACAUCUCCACAAGAUGGUUUACAUGAAGAUGAUUUCUCUAAACGUAUUAAUACAUUCGGUGCUAAUGUUAUACCACAACAACGUGCUAAAACAUUUUUAAGAUUAAUGUGGGAAGCUUUACAAGAUUUAACAUUAAUUGUUUUAAUUGUUGCUGCAUUCAUUUCACUUGCAUUAUCACUUUAUAUAAAAUAUGGACAAGCACCAACAUUUGAUGAAUCGGAAGGACAAGCUGGUUGGAUUGAAGGUUUAGCCAUUCUUAUUGCUGUAUUUGUUGUUGUAUUUGUUGUGGCAUUGAAUGAUUGGCAAAAGGAACGACAAUUUCGUGGUUUACAAAAUAAAAUUGAAUCAGAGCAUACAUUUUUUGUUAUACGUAAAGGUGAUACUAAACAAAUUCCUGUAAAAGAAAUUGUUGUUGGUGAUGUAUGUCAAGUAAAAUAUGGUGAUCUCCUACCAGCUGAUGGUAUAGUGAUACAAUGUAAUGAUUUAAAAAUUGAUGAAAGUUCAUUAACUGGUGAAUCGGAUCAAGUAAGAAAAAGUGAAACAAAAGAUCCUGUCCUACUUUCAGGCACUCAUGUUAUGGAAGGUUCCGGUAAAAUGGUUGUUACUGCCGUUGGACCGAAUUCACAAGCUGGUAUAAUAUUUGCUUUGCUAUCUUCUGGUUCUCAUGAUGAACAUGGUGGCGGUGGUCAAGAGAAAAAAAAGGAGAAAAGCAAAACUAAAAAGAAUGGUAAAAAAGGGAAAAAGAACACUGACAAAGUACCAUCUGCUAAUUCCGAUGCUUAUCAAAUGAAAUCAAAGGAGAAUAAAACAAAAACUGAAUCUGAUACAGAACAGAAUUCGAAACCGAAGAAAAAACCACGUCGUAAAGAACAAUCUGUGUUACAAGCAAAAUUAACUAAAUUAGCCAUACAAAUUGGUUAUGUUGGUACAUGUGUUGCAAUAGCUACUGUCCUAAUAUUAAUCAUAAAAUUUUCAGUACAUACAUUUGCACAAAAUAAAGAACCAUGGCAAACUGGAAAACAUUUGAAACAAAUAGUUAAUUAUAUUAUUACUGGUGUGACAGUAUUAGUUGUUGCUGUUCCCGAAGGUUUACCACUUGCGGUAACUUUAUCAUUGGCAUAUUCAGUGAAACGUAUGAUGAAAGAUAAUAAUCUAGUUCGACAUUUAGAUGCAUGUGAAACAAUGGGCAAUGCAACAGCAAUUUGUUCAGACAAAACUGGUACAUUAACUACAAAUCGUAUGACAGCUGUUCAAUGUUUUGUUGGUAAUAAACAUUAUAAACGUAUACCAACAGCUUCAGAAUUACCAGAAUCUAUCACCAAUCUCAUAGUAAUGAAUAUAUCCAUCAAUAGUGGGUAUACAUCGAAACUUUUGCCUCCCGAUAAUCCAAAUGCUUUACCAAAACAAGUUGGAAAUAAAACAGAAUGUGCUUUAUUAGGUUUUGUCAAAUCUAUUGGACGUAGCUAUGAAGAAAUACGUACACAAUGGAGUGAAGAACGUUUAUAUAAAGUGUACACAUUUAAUUCAAUACGUAAAUCCAUGAGUACAGUUAUUAAAGAAUCAGAUAAUCCACUGUCAUUUUUAUUGUUUACUAAAGGUGCUUCAGAAAUGGUUGUUAAAUGUUGUUCUUGGAUGAUGGAUGAACAAAAUAAACCAAGACCAUUCAGUCUACAAGAUCAAGAACGUUUAACUGAAGCAGUGAUUGAACCAAUGGCAGGUGAAGGUCUUCGAACCAUUGGCAUAGCUUAUAAAAAAAUUACAAUAGCUACAAAUUCAAAAAGUCCAAAUGAUAUGAUUGUACAAAGUGAACCGAAUUGGGAUGAUGAAGAACAUUUAUUAGAAGGUCUUACUUUAUUAGGUAUUAUUGGAAUUGAAGAUCCAGUUCGACCAGAAGUACCAGCUGCUAUACGUCAAUGUCAAAAAGCUGGUAUCACUGUACGUAUGGUAACUGGUGAUAAUGUAAAUACAGCACGAUCAAUUGCAAUGAAAUGUGGUAUUAUACAACCAGGUGAAAAUUUUCUUGUUAUUGAAGGUAAAGAAUUUAAUCGACGUAUUCGUGACAAAGCAACUGGUAAAGUUAGACAAGAUUUAUUUGAUCAAGUAUGGAUUAAUUUAAGAGUAUUGGCCAGAUCUUCACCUCAGGAUAAAUACACAUUAGUCGGUGGGAUAAUUAACAGUCGUGCAACACCAUCACGUCAAGUAGUCGCUGUCACUGGUGAUGGUACAAAUGAUGGUCCAGCGUUGAAACGUGCAGAUGUUGGCUUUGCAAUGGGUAUAGCUGGUACAGAUGUAGCAAAAGAAGCAUCCGAUAUUAUAUUGACAGAUGAUAAUUUUUCAAGUAUUGUUAAAGCUGUUAUGUGGGGUCGUAAUGUAUAUGAUUCAAUUACAAAGUUUUUACAAUUUCAAUUAACUGUAAAUUGUGUGGCAAUUAUUGUUGCAUUCGCUGGAGCAUGCUUUUUAGAUGAUAGUCCAUUGAAAGCUAUACAGAUGUUAUGGGUCAAUUUAAUUAUGGAUACAUUGGCUAGUUUAGCAUUGGCUACAGAACAACCAUCAGUGGAAUUAUUAGAUCGUGCACCAUAUGGACGUACUCAACCAUUGAUUAGUAGACAAAUGGCUAAAAAUAUCUUAGGUCAUUCUAUAUAUCAAUUGGGUGUUAUAUUUUUCUUAUUAUUUUAUGUUCAAUUAAUAAUGGAAGUCGAUAAUGUAUCGGGGAUAACAGUACAUGAACCAACACAACAUUAUACUAUAAUAUUUAAUGCUUUAGUAUUAAUGACAUUAUUUAAUGAAUUUAAUGCAAGAAAAAUUCAUGGACAACGUAAUGUAUUUAGUGGUUUACAUAGAAAUCCAUUAUUUAUUAUAAUUUGGUUUGUAACAUUUUUAUUACAAGCAUUAAUUAUACAAUUUGGUUCAUAUGCAUUCAGUACAAAAGCAUUAGAAUUAGAUCAAUGGGCUUGGUGUUUAUUCUUUGGUGUUGGUGAACUUGUCUGGGGUCAGGUUGUUAAUACAGUACCGAAUGCAAUUAUACCAAAAUGUAAAUGUCGUAAACGUAAACGUCCCACAGUUGUCGGUGUUAACGAAAAUGCAGCUGAUGAAUAUAUUAAGGAUGCAAUUGAAGUCGGUGAAGCUGAUGAAGAAGAAGAUGAAAUUUCUCCAUUAUCACUAGGUGGUGCUAAUAUGGGAAUUGGUGGACGUAUUUUAUGGAUUCGUGGUGUAAAUCGUAUUCAAACACAGAUGCAAGCUAUGAAAGUGGUCGAUGCAUUCCGUAUGGGACUUGGACCACAUAUUGAUUUGGAACAACGUAGAAGUAUUGGUUCGUUGGCAUUUAGACAACGUCAAAAUUCUAGUAUUGAAUAUGUGGAUGCUGAUGCUCCAGAUGAAUCUUAAUUAUAUUUAUUUGUUUAAAUACGCUUAUACGUUUAUGUUUUUAUGAAAAUAUGAGCAUCAAUAUUUGUGUCAGCGCUCGAUAAUAUUGAUUAAACACUAUACAGAAUUAUAUCUUUUUAAUCCAUACUUUACCCUAAUAGAUAGUUGAUCAUAUCAAUUAUUAUAAAGACCUAAACAUAUGCGAAAUUUGUAUUUCUUUCCUCCGUAUAUACAAAAUCUCCCUAUCUCUUUCUCUCUUUCUGAUACACACACAUCCACACAUAAGCUACAACUCUCUACGUCCGUGGGUGUGUGUGUGUGUGCGGGUACGUGCUCAAUUUUCUUAUAUAAACAGUAUGUAAUUAGCAUUGUAUUGUUAAUGUUGCCAUUAUCUCUGUUGUUAUUGUUGUUUAUUCUUAUUUUCAUGAAUUGACGAUCACUCCCUUCCAACAUUGAUAUACCAUAUGUAUUACAUACAUUUUAUUUUUGCUUUAAGACAACGUUGUUGUUGUUGUCGUCGUCGUCGUCUUUAUACUGUUCGUUUGUUACUUCAUCUUCAUUUAGUUCUUCGUCUGUUUGCUCGUUUGUUGCUUCGUUUUUCUUCAUUCUCUUCUCUCUCUGUUUUUUUCUUUUCCUUGCUUAUAUUGAUUAUUGUUUCUCUAUUUUGUUUUUCUCUUUAAUAUUUUAUAAGAGAAUUUUAAUAAUGAACAGUGAUUAAUAAUUCAAGAGAUUAUUUGUAUUAUUGACAAUGUUACUUUACUUUCUCAUUUGGUUUUAUUCAAUAUUAUUAUAGUUUUUAAAAAGAAUUUUUUUUAAAAUUCUGGUUUAUUAUUAGUAGUAUAUUGAUAGUAGUAUUGUAACAAGGUAUUCAUUGUUGCCUUUUUUUCUAAAAAAAAUCAUCAAUAAUUGAUCCAAUAAUGAUCAUAUUUCCCUUGUCUUUUUUUAUUAAAAUAAACCCGUUUCUUAUCCCUCUGUCUCUAUCUCAUGCAUAUAUAUAUAUAUUUGUACAGUGUGUUGUUGUCCGGGCUCGAAGCAUGAGAUUUGUUAAUGUUCUGUACUCCUCCCCCUCUCUCUGUUCCUUUGUGCGUGUGUUUAUCUGUCUCCAUCUUUCUCUUUGGAACUACUGCUAAUUUAAUCCGUUUUGAUUUCGUCUGAUCUCUUCUUUUCUCUGAAUGUUCAAAAUACUACUGAUCUAUUUUAUUUACGUAUAUGUUUGUUUACACAAAAUGGAGAUAUAACCAAACAAGACCUGAUUACAUAGUUUCUCCUUUAUAUAAAUAUAGGUGUAUGAUGAUUUGUGUUUGUUAUUGUGUGUGUGUGUGUGUACUCACUAGUGCCGAUGAACGAAUUGCUUUUUCCUCUCUUUUUUUGGCUUCGUUUCCUUAUUUUUUUAAAACAAACAUCUUAACAGUAUUCACAAGAAAUGAAUUUCCUCUUUUUUUUCUGGUUAACGAAUUUAUUAUUUCACUUCAACAACUAAGUUUCUUGCGUUACACACCACUCACACACACAAACACAUACCCUUUACAUCAAUUUAGUUACUCUCUAUAUUUUUGCUAAUAAGAAAUAAACUUGUGCAUAUACAAAAUGAUAUACACACAUGCAAGUUGAGUAUGUAGAUUGUAUUCAGUUUGUUUCUAUCGCAUUCGUAGGUACGACUACUACUAUUACUACUUCAGUAAUUCUACUUUUGAAGAGUUAGUCAUCAUAUGUUGUGUUCAUAUUGUGAAAUUAACAAGUCUAAGGAUAAAAAAAUCUUUAUCAGAAUUAUUACAGAAGUGUUUGUUUACUCCUACCACCACCAUCCCCUUACACACACAUUAACAGUAGUUGUCAAUAUGAUGAAUUGAUAUCUCAUAAUGUUAAUUUUAUCUUUUUCCUUAAUAUUUUUUUUCUUCUGCUUAAUCAUUUGAUUACCCAUAAUUUCAGUCUUUGUUUACCCCUCUGCCUCUCAUUCAUGUUUACAUGAAGCUCCUUAUGUAUGUAUGUAUGUAUGUACGUGUAUUAAUUUGUGUAUAUUCACAUAUUCAAUACAUGUAAAUUAGACAUCAUUCAUUCUUCUUUCAAUCUUCAUUAUUCUCAUUUUUGUUUCAUGUAUUAUGUAAUAAUGAAGGGGUGGGAUGUUUCUUUAUUAUCAAUCAAUCCCUUCUUCAUCUUCUAAAUGUUAUUAUAUACCAGGUUUAUCAUAAUUUAAAAUUAAUUUUUUCUUGUUGAAUAACUAUAAUAAAUAAAUUCAAAUUAGUUGCCUUGUUUUUCACAAAUACAAAAAAAAUGCAAUCUAUUUCCAUAUUACGACCAUAUGUAAUUAUAUAAUGGUGCAUAUUGUACAAUCCUCUUGCUCAAAUACAGGUAUAUAUAUUGAAUAUGUCAAUAUACCUGUUGUUUAAUGUUUAAUCAUUUGAAUUCAUACAACCUUCUUGUAUGUGUGUAUACUUGUGUACUUCUAUAUGUUCACAAGAGGUACUCUAUGUGUGUAUGUGUGAGUGAAUGUUUAUUUCUUUUUUUAUACAACAUGUUUAUUUCUCCCUCUCCCCCCAUUCUCUCUCUCUCUCGCGAUUCAAUUAUGUUUACAUGUCAUAGUUACAAUAAGAAAAUUCAUUUAUCACACAUUAUAAAUUAAUCAAUAAAAAGAAAUAAACAAUCGAUCAAUGAAAACACAAUGAAAAUGAAUGGUUCUAAUAAUAAAAAAACAAAAAAAGACAAAUCAGUGACAAUAGUAUUAACUGCCUAUUACCUAUAACUCAUAUUAUUAUGAUGAUGAUAAUAAUAAUAAUGAUUAUUAUUACUGCUGCUCUAAGGUAAACAACGUUUGUUUCAUUAUUAUUAUUAUUAUUACUAUAAUUAAUAAUAAUGUUAUGUUUUAUUAUUACUAUAAUUAUUAUUGAUUUUUCACAAAUUCACUUCUUAUCCAAACUACUACCUACACACCCACUACCCUAUUGAAUAAUUUAUUGAUCUUUUUCUCUCUUUCUCUCUCUCUCUCUCUCCCAGUUUUUGUUGCACUGAAGAAAAAAAAGAGCAAAAAAUAAACUUUUAUGAUUGCUUGUUUAUUUCAAUUAUUAUUAAUAAUAAUAUUGUAUUGUUAAUAAUAUGAAUACCAUUACUUCUACUAUAAUUAUUAUCUUUAUGUUUUUCUUUUUUUCUUUCUUUCGUUCUUUAACUUGACUUUGUUUCGUUGAUGAAAACAAUUAGAGAAGUGAGAGGGAUGGCGGGGAAGUGUGUAUGAUGAUUUCUAACAGUAUCUAAUCAAGUAGAAAAUAAUUUUCAUUUUG